UUUUUAGUGAUUGAAACUUUUUCAGCAUUUGACUUCUUCCUAAAACCAAAUUGUGUAUAAUUAUUUGCCAUCAAGCCUCCUAUUUUUUGUGUCAAAGAACAUAUGGAAAUCUUAGCGGAUGAUCGAACUAAACAACUAAGGGCUUUUGAUGACACAAAAGCCGGUGUCAAAGGAUUAGUUGAUGCUGCAGUUGGCGGGGUUGUUGAUAUUCCAAAUAUAUUCAUCCGGCCACCCGAUGAAGUAGCCGAAGAUCUGGAAGUUAGUAAAACAGGUUUACAAGUACCUGUCAUUGAUCUUCAUGGGGUUGGCGAUAAGGGGAGCUUAAGAAGAGAAAACAUCAUCAAUGAAAUCAAAGACGCUUCGGAAAAAUGGGGUUUCUUUCAGGUGGUUAAUCACGGAAUACCCACCAAAGUGCUUGAAGAUAUCCUCAAGGCAGUGCGCGGGUUCCAUGAGCAGGAUGUAGAGAUGAAAAAGGAUUAUUAUUGGAGAGAUCCGGAGAGGAUGGUGAAGUUUAACACCAAUUAUGAUUUGUACAUGUCGAGAGCAGCUAAUUGGAGGGAUACAUUGAUUAUCGAUAUGUUGAAGAACUACCAUCUUGAUCCUCAAGAUCUACCCUCGAUUUGCAGAGAGGCCACCGUAAACUAUAUAGACCAUCUAAUGAAGUUUGUAGACACCCUUCUUGAGUUGCUAUCGGAAGCUCUUGGGCUGGAACCGAGCUACCUGAAACGGUUGGAAUGCGAGAAGGGUAAAACCCUGGCUGGCCACUACUAUCCAGCCUGCCCGGAACCUGACAAGACCCAUGGACUCAAUAAGCACACAGAUGCAUCCUUCAUAACUCUACUUCUACAAGAUGAUAUUGGGGGGCUACAAGUUCUUCAUCAAAACCAAUGGGCCAAUGUUGAACCCAUUCCGAGCGCUCUUGUUGUCAAUAUCGGAGAUCUUCUUCAGAUCAUAUCAAAUGACAAGUUCAAAAGUGUGAUCCAUCGAGCAUUUGGCAAUGUAACUCGAGCAAGAACAUCGGUAGCUUGUUUCUUUCAUGGUGUGGCUACACCCCCCAAAACUUAUGGACCCAUUGAGAAGCUUAUCACGAAAGAAAGACCUCAAAUGUAUUGUGAGUUUACUGUAAAAGAUUACAUGAUGAAGUUUUAUUCGAGGGGACUUGAUGAGAAGUCGGGCUUAAACUAUGUUCGUAUAUAAGACUAGUGGUUUUGAAAUGAACGAAAGAGCCAAAUAUAUCUUGUAUUUCGGUAAAUUUAUUAUAUGGGUUUGAGUGUAGUUUGGAGUUUGGUUUCUACAUAUGUGCAACAAUUAUCGUAGUUUAUGUACUUAGAAAAUUUUAAACUA